CUUGUUUGGACAACUCAGUCAACAACAAUGUUAGCUUGGCUGCUGCUGUGGGUGCUGGCCCCAUACUCCUCUGCUUUGCCUCUGAUGACUGCGAAAACAGACGACCAUUUUCUAGCAGAGAAAUACCUUCGUCGCUACUAUGAUUUGUCAAUUGGUCUCCAAGGUAGACAGACGUCCUCAAGUGAUUUUCAGAACAAGAUCCAGCAAAUGCAAAGAUUCUUCAAGCUUCAGGUAACUGGAAACCUUGAUGACAACACUCUGGACGUGAUGAAGCAGCCCAGAUGCGGUGUACCAGAUAUUGGGGAGUACAACCAUUUCCCUCGAGACCUCAAAUGGGAAAGAAACAAUGUCACAUUCAGAAUAUUGAAUUAUACUCCCGAUUUGAAGAAAGCUGACGUAGACCGAGCCAUCCGAACGGCACUGAAUGUUUGGAGUGAUGUCACCCCUUUGACUUUCAAGAAGCUGUACAAAGGCACUGCAGACAUUAUGAUCAGCUUUGGAUCAAAAGAGCAUGGUGACUACAAUCCAUUUGACGGACCUGAUGGACUGUUGGCUCAUGCCUACCCUCCAGGCCAAGGCAUUGGAGGAGAUACUCACUUUGAUGAGGAUGAACACUGGAGCAAAGAUUCAUCAGCUUACAACCUGUUUAUUGUAGCAGCCCAUGAGUUGGGUCAUGCACUUGGUAUGUCCCAUUCAUCAGAUGCAGGUGCCCUGAUGUACCCUGUUUACUCAUUUACCACUGGCUAUCCGCUGGCUGAAGAUGACAUUGAAGGCAUUCAAGCUCUCUAUGGUCCCAACCCCGACCCGAAAAAACGGAAGCCAAAGCCUGAUGCACCUAACAAAUGUGACCCUACAUUGAGUUUUGAUGCUGUAACAGAGCUACGAGGGGAAACCAUCAUUUUUAAAGACAGGUUCUACUGGCGUCUCCAUCCCCAGAUGAUAGAGCCUGAGCAGACAUUGAUCCAGUCCACAUGGCCUUCCCUCCCAAACAAAGUGGAUGCAGCUUAUGAGUACCCAGAGAAGGAUUUGGUCUUUGUAUUUAGUGGGAUCCGUAUGUGGGCCUUGAACGGAUAUACACUUGUGGAUGGCUACCCGAAGUACAUACACAAACUUGGUCUUCCCAAAUCCAUUAGAAAGAUAGAUGCAGCUGUGCAUAUUAAAGACAAAGGGAAAACUCUGCUUUUCACUGAUGAAGAAUACUGGAGUUAUGAUGAAGCAACAGGCACCAUUGACACUGGUUUUCCAAGAUCUAUUGAGGAUGACUUUCCAGGAAUGGAUGAAGAGUUUGAUGCGGUUGCUUUUCACCAUGGUUACUUGUAUUUCUUCCAUGAAAAUUUACAGUAUGAGUACAGCUACAACUUCAGGAAGGUCAUCCGCAUUAUGAGGACCAACUCCUUCCUCAACUGCUGAUAAGGUGGAUCAGUUUGAACUGUUAUGUGUGAAUAUAGCUGGCUAUAUGUAAACAGAUAAUAAACUGUUUAGACAAACUGGGACGAGACAACACACAGUGCAGUGUGGAAACUGGAGAAUGAACAGACGUUAAGUAUAAAGAAAAAUAAAUGUCAAAAGACGGUUGUCAGUGCUGGACACAGAAUCCUAGAUGAUUCUUUGGAAAUAUAUGAACCUAUUUAUUUUGAAUUUGUUGCUUAUUUAUACUGGGGGUUUUCUUGCAGAUAAUCAUUAUAAUGUCUGUAGAAAAUCAUAUUUUUUGAUUGACUGAAUUCCAAAAAGUUUUUGGUUUUACACCAGCUCCAAAUAAAGUCUCAUUUUCAUUGUUGCAUUA